GCUGCAUCAACUCAGCUGACUUAUAACCAAAAAAAUUUGAUUUACUAAUAAAGAAGUGACAUAAAAUUGUUAAGGCAAUGCUGAAUCAAAGAAAAGUAAUGAGUUCUUUGUGUUUUAAGCACAAUAAACUUUUCCAACCAGUUGCUUUCUUUUCAACGAAAGUUUUGCCACAAACAAAGAAAACCGGUUCAUUAAGUGCUCCAAAAGCGCCUUCAUCGUCGCAAACCGAAACACGCAAGCCUGUUAUACCUGCUAAUUGCCGUUUUAUUUAUCCAGAAUUUUUACCGGAUCCCAAAAUUGAAUGGCGUAAUCCGAUACGUGAAAAGUUGGAGCGGCUCGAUAUGCUCGAUCGACGGACGCAAAUCGAAAUACCGGAAUUCUAUGUCGGGUCAGUAGUAGCAGUUACAAGUUCCGAUCCUCAUUCAGCGGGCAAAGUUAGUCGAUUUUUAGGAAUUUGUAUUUUGCGUGAAAAAUGCGGCUUAAGAGCCCGUUUCAUUUUGCGUAAUGUGAUUGAUAAGCAAGGGCUUGAAAUUUCAUACGAUAUGUAUGAUCCCACCAUACAAAAAAUUGAAGUUUUGCGGCUUGAAAAACGUCUUGACGAUCGUUUAUUCUAUUUACGUGAUGCGUUACCGGAGUAUAGCACUUUCGAUACUAAUAUGGAACCAGAAAUUAGAGACGAAGGUGCCGCAGUUCCCGUAAACGAUAUAAAAGUUCGUUUGCGUCCGCGACCUUGGUUGGAAAAAUGGGAAAGACAAAAUUUGCGUGGCAUCUCAAAUAUUGAUGAAUAUCUAACGGAUAAACGUAGACGUACCGCCAAAGACCAUGAGAAGCCAUGGGAGAAAUAUGAUUUAAUGAAGCAAUAUCGCUCAACUAUACCAGAAGAGCAUCAAAAGGAGAUCUAUUCAGAAGUCUACUCUCACAUACAUCAAACGGAUUUGGAACGUCAAAAGAAUAAGCGCAAAAGAUCAUUUGUUAAUCCAACUAAAUUGGCUUAAAAAUUUUAUUUCGUCUUAAGUUUUUUUUUUUAUGUAUUGCAAAAAAUUUUUAAGUUAACACA